AUUGCCUUAAGUUAAUAUAUUCAAGUAUAAGUAUUAGCCUGUAUUAUAAGCGAGGCUUAUCUGUUUUAAGGACUAAGCCGAUUGACAUGGGAUGACCGGGACGCACUGACUGGCGGGUAAACAAGAACGAAACCAAUGGACGGCGUGGAGAAAAUCCGGGGACGACCCGCCCGACGCUAAAACCACGCCAUUUCCCCAUGGGCCUGAUGAUUGGAACGACUCAAAUCGUCACAUUUCCUAGCCUCCAAGGCAACAAGGAGCCAAGCCUAGAUAGAUUAGAUGCAUUUAGGCAUUGCCGGGUAAAGGGAUUAUUCCACGUAUUGUCGACCGCUUUCUCAGGGUGGCGUUCAAUUUUGCCCUAAUCGUUGUCCAACACGGCGAGCGUGCUCCCACUUCAACACGAGAACGAAUCAGCUCAAUGACCUUUAUUGCCAAG